GAAUGUUACAAGUGUUGCAACCCAGGAUAGGAACCAAGGAAACCAGGGGAACCAAGGAAACCUGGGAAACCAGGGGAGGAAUAAUCUGGAGUCAGUCGAUUCAAAACAGCCAGAUUGCAGGACGGAACCAGGAAACCAGAAACCAGGAGACCAGAAACCAGGAAACCAGAAACCAGGAAAUCAAAAACCAGGAACACAAACCCUGCAGGCCAAAGGAAAACACCUUAAUAAGACGAGAGGAUCAGAGGUCAGCAGGAACAGGGGAACAGAUUUUUGUGGAAGUAGAAGUGGAAGUACCAGUGGAAGUGCAAGUGCAAGCGGAAGUGGAGGGAACAGAAGUAAAGAUGGAAGUUCAAGACGUGACUCUGUGAAGUUUUUGCGAAAUUCCCGUUUACAAAAUGAAAGGAGCCCUUUCAAGAUGAAAAUCCAGAACCUGAUUAGAUUUCAUAGAAAAAUUGACGUCACAACAUCGAUCGAAAUGACAUCGGUUUAAAAAAUGCG